AUUAAUUAAGUAGUUGGAUGAGAAAAGAAGCCGCCGAAAGGGAAUUUUCCUCAUUAUCUUUUUCAAAGCAAUGAGAACGUCCUAACUAGUCGUCGUCUUUCUUUCUAACCUCGGAAUUAGAUUCAAAUUAAAGAAUGUCUUUAAUCAUAAUCUGUUGAUUCAGAUGUGCUUCAUAUGUUACAUUUCUCCACUCGUUCUUCCUUAUUUGCUUUGAAGGAUUGAUCCUUGUCGUUAGAAGCAAGACAUGUAUUCAAUGCCCACAACAUUAUCUUUACUUCCUUUCCACGUAAUGAAAAAAACCAUUCAAACAAAAGCAUACGAAAUUGGUACAAACCAGAGAAAGAAGAUCAAUCUCAACAGAUUAAUUCCAAAAGUUCUACUUUUGGAGGAACUCUGUGUGUGUGUGUGUGUGUGUGUGUGUAUUCUAUAUAUUCUCUUUUUCUUUAAUUUCCAGUUGGCGAUAACGGCAUAUGAACUUUUUCUUUGCGGCUGCAUCUUAAAUUAAUUAAUAUGUGCACAUCUUUUCAUUAAAAUUAUGCCAAACUUUGUAUACAAGUUAAAUAAAUUACCCUCCACAUGCAUCCAACAUUUCGUUUAAAGUAGAUCUUUAAUUCUUCUUCAAUUAUAUAUUCAAAAUAAUGUAGGAAUCACAUGUAUAGUUAUAUAUAUAUAUAUAUAUAUAAUCAGUUUCUGUCACGGAUAUGUAUAUAUAUAUAAUAAUAUAUAUAUAUAUAUAUAUAUAUGGAGUUUUGAUCUGUUGGAAGAUUGCAAGAGCUUCUUCCUAUAGCCAUUUGAUCUUUGGUUCUGAAAAAAAAUGGCUGAAAAUGAAUUUGAUUUUGUGGUUUCCAUAGAAGAGCUUUCGGCAAGGAAAGUUGUCAAGAGAGUGGACAACACUCAUUCAAGUGGAGGCCAUGAUCAGCCUGUGGUUUCCACUUUUGAAGCUCAUGAGAAGCACAGCACCGAGAAAGUAAUAUCAUCAACUGAUUCCAGUUGGGAGAAUAAAUUGGAAAGGUUAAUGGUGGAAGAAGAAGAACAGCAAGGAGGAGAUCCAGCGACAUCCCACAAGCCAAAGAUUCAAACGGUUCCACCAAUGCUUCGAGGUCAAAAGAAUUUCGAAAAGUACUUCGAGCCAAGGGCUGUAUCCAUUGGUCCUCUUCAUCAUGGCAAGCCAAAGCUCCAGGUUGCAGAGAAAUACAAGCCUAAACUGACAAAGAAAUUCAUAAAUAACAGAAGCGCUGACAAUGGCAAAGAUUUAUACAUGAAGAUUUGGAACAACAUAGAGAUGCUGAGGGAUUGCUACGAUGAGGCAGUGACCAGAAACUGGGACAACCAGAGCUUAGCCUGGAUGUUGUUCUUGGAUGGCUGUUCAACACUGCAGUUCAUUCACAGCUUUGUUACGAAUGAGCUAAAGAUCUUCAAGAUCAAAAACGAUCAAAUUGCUUUUGCUCAACAGGAUCUCUUCUUGUUGGAGAACCAACUUCCCUAUCAACUGCUCAAACUCUUGAUGAAUGAUGAUGACAGAGAAGUAGGCAACCAAAAUGACGAGGAGAAGAAGAAGAAUAAGUAUGAGGAAUCCAUCAGGACAUUUAUCCGAAUGAAUGUUAUGGCACCUAAGAAAUACAUGCACCAAAUAGAUGUAAACAUGGAAAAGAAGCAAGAACCAGCUCAUCUUCUGGAGCUCCUCCAAUCAGCACUUAUUUAUCAACCACCCAAAAAGAAACAGUCUCAAUCCAAAAGGAAAAAGCCUGAUCCCUAUCGCAAUAAGAAGAAAUUGGAUUGUAGGAUAUCUUAUCGCAAUGUUCAAGAACUAAAAGCUGCUGGCAUCCAGUUGAAGCCAAGUUCAACUUCCUCCUUAAAAGAUAUAGAUUUUAAUUCUCUUUGCUUUGCAGGUUACCUCAAACUUCCUCAAUUGAUAGUGGAUGAUUCAACAGGGCCUUUGUUUUUCAACCUCAUAGCCUAUGAGAUGUGUCCAGAUAAUAUCCAGACCAAAUAUGAAGUUACCUCCUAUGUAAGCUUCCUUGAUUCUCUCAUUGAUAAUGCAGAGGAUGUUAAAGAUCUAAGGUCUGCAAACAUACUUGAGAAUUCUCUUGGAAGUGAUUUAGAAGUAGCAGAACUCUUCAAUGAAAUAGGAACCGAUCUGGUUCCUAAUCCUGAGGCAUACAUGAAAGUGAAGGCCAAAAUCCAAAAACACUACAAAAACAAGUGGACGACAUGGAUGGCUCAAGUCUGUCACGACCAUUUUAGCAGUCCAUGGACUAUCAUGGCUUUUAGUGCUGCCUUGGUUGCACUAGCUUUGAGCGGUAUACAGACUUGGAAAUCUGUGUUUCCUGAUCCUGGUCCCUGUGAUAAUUUCUGCAAGAACAUGACAUUGUAAGCAAAAUCUUUUGAAAAUUCCCUCAUGGGAGACAAUUUGUUAAUUUCCUACCAUGAUUAUAUUUAUAGAUUCUGUAUUUAUUCUCUGAGAGCUGUUGUUUACUGUUUUCUAAUAAUUCAUAAUUAUAACAAAAGUGAGAUAGAACUUAUUUUCUUUUUUC